AUGUCAAGCAUGUAUCAAUCGCAGCCGCAGUCACAGCAGGGCUACGAGGAUAUGAUGAUCCCGCGGAUCGAGAGGAUGCCACAAACGGUCGUCAAACAGGAGUACUCUCCAAUGACACCCGACUCGAAUACGUUUGGUUUCAUGCUGCCAGAGCCGAGCCUAAUACACGCGCAUGCAGCCAAUUCCAGCUCUAGCGCGAGCACCCACGGCACUACCGCGUAUGCGCUCCCUAGUGGCGCCCAAAGCAUGUACCUUGGCUCAUCUCCGUGCGAAUAUCCGUAUGGGAUGGUAGACGUCACGGGCGUCUAUCAAGGCAGUGGUCACAAUGCUGCUAGCGUCGGAGUCAACGAACGCCUCAUGGGUAUCGGACCUAGUCCAGUCUACAAUUGGAACAACCAGGGACUCUAA